AUGGCGAACACUCGGGGACCGAGACAACCAGGACGCAGACUACUUGUUAGCGUUGUCACAUCGACGCUGAUGUAUGCUGCUCCCAUAUGGGCCCGAGCCACAAAGAAUGAAAGCUACAGGCAGGAUGGCGACUCUGUACAGAGAUUGUGUGCCCUGCGGAGGAAUCUGCUAAUAUCCGCGCAGGUAGCACAGGGGUCGCCACCGCUGAAUCCCUACGCAAAAGAUGCAGAGAACUCACCAUCUCUAAGUGGCAAGAGAGGACACGGAUGCUUUAAACACUAUCUGAAUAGGUUUAAGCAUGAACGCUAUCCGCACUGCCCACUCUGCGAGUCGGAUAACGAAGACGCAGAACAUGUGUUUUUUGUCUGUCCGAGAUUUGAAAACGAACAUCUAGAUCUGAGCAUAAGGGUUGGGAGGACGCCAGCCGCUUGUAACCUGGUGCAAAUUAUGCUUGAAUCUGAAGUAAAUUGGUCCGCUGUAAGCAACAUGGCCACAAUAGUACUCAAAAAACUGCGCAUCGCAGAAAGACUGCGAAAUUCCAAUAGGAUAGAAUCCUAG